UGCAAUCAACCAUAAGAAAUUAAUCUGCGUACAUUUUGUUAGUUGAUUCGUAUAAACAGUAACAGUGAUUUAUUUAAAAUGUCUACAAUCGAAAUAGAGUUACUCAAUCUUUCAAAAAGUGAUCUAGUUUCCAUAAUAAUAAACAAAAAAGUGUCUGACAAUAUCAAAAUUAGUAACGAACUUGCAGAUUUUCUAGCGAAUAAAAGUGGAUCUAUUGAAAUGACUACACAAACUCCUUGUGAAGACAUUCGUUUCCUUCUACUAAACUGUGAAUUGACUGUGGCUAAAUGUGAAAUUAAAGCUAACAAACGAGUGAUGGCAGAAAUGGAAAAAUCGUCAAAACAUCAAGACCAUAUCGCAAAGUUACUUACAGGUAAUAUACAAACGUUAAAAGAAGAAGCAUUAAAGGCUCGUAAUGAAGCUGCAUCACGGAAGACCUACAGUACAACAAACAACAUUACAGAUGCAAUGCAGUACAACAACAUCAGCAGUGGAGCUAGCGAAGAUGUCAGGAAAGUAGCAUUAUUAGGAGAUGGUACCGAUCAAUCCGGUGCUACUAGUGCUCAACCAGAAGCUGCAGCUGCGAAGCCAAAGAAAGGUGGAUUUCUUUCGAAACUAACUUCAAAAUUGCCCUUAGGAAAACUGCCAUUACCAGCAGGAGGCUUACCUGCUGGCCUUCCAACUGGAGGUCUCCCUGCCGGAGGUGUUCCUGCUGGAGGUCUCCCUGCAGGAGGUCUUCCUGCAGGAGGUCUUCCUGCUGGAAGCCUUCCCACUGGGGGCUUACCUGCUGGACUGCCUGCUGAAAACUUACCUUCCGAAAGUUUACCUACUCCUCCAGCUACUGUUCCAAAGGUGUAGAUGGCUCGUGUGAAGUAAAAACUGUGUUUUCGAAGUUUAGUGUAAACUCAAGCGAUGCAAAAAAGUUUUUGGGUAAUUUUAUCCUAUUUUAUGUGUCUAUAAGUGAAUUUCUAAAUAUAUGAUUGUUGUCUAUACUGUUAAAAAAUCUUGUGCACCAUUUGACUAUAAUAUUGAUUGUUAACAUAACAGCUUUUAUGUGUAUCAAGUUUUGUAAGUAAUAACAGAUUAAUCAUAAUAAACGAGCAUAUAGAUUUUUGAGUAUUUUAACUUCAAUUUUGUUUUGUGUUUAAAUCAUAACUUCAUCUUCCUAUUCGCGAUUGAAAACAAAGUAUCUUGCCUCUGGUGGAAUAAAUUUAAACCACAUAAGUGGUAUAACCAAACCAGAAAAUUGUCGAUGUGAAUGGAAUUUGGUUACUAUUAUGAAUUUUUUAGUAAAUUUCAGCAUUAUGAGUACAUUAAAAUAUUUUAA